UGUAUGUAGUUGGUGUGAUAACGUUGGUGUUGUUGGAAAUCGAAACUUAACUGGAAACUGAAGGCAGACACCGAGCCUCGGCUGGCUGUUUCGCAGCGUUAACUCGAGUUAUAUAUCACCAAGAAGUUUCUCCGUCUUCCUCCCUUCUCGGACAUUACAUGGCACGCUUUUAAACUUUAUUUCAGUUCCAUGAACUUCCUCGCUUCAUCAGGGAACAAGCAUGGACCCUGCCAGACAGAAACGCCAGGAGGAUAUCACAAAAGCUCUGACUUUCAUUCAGUCUUCCCUAGCUUAUCCAGAGCCGGAUGGAUACCAGGACUUCCUCACCAAGUUGGUGUGCAAUCUGCUGGAUGAGGGCAACGCCUUCUUCAGAGAGGAGGCCUGGGAGCAGGCGGUCAGACAGUUCAGUGAAGCCUUGAACGUCUCGAGCUACGCCGAAGCCGAGGAGAUCCGGAUCCCCGAGGUUUUGCAGGAGAGUCUUUAUGUGAACCGGGCUGCUGCCUACUACAGCAAGGGGAAAUAUGAGCAAGGUGUGAAGGACUGCGACCGAGCUCUGACGGUGUGUAAGGAAAGCCGAAGGGCUCUGUACAGGAAGGCCCUUUGUUUUAAGGAGCUCCGGAUGUACAAGGAGGCGUACAACUGCACCACGGACUGCCUGCUUAUCAACAGACUGGACCAGCAGGUGAACGAGCUCGCUCAGGAGCUGGCCGUCCAUCUGAAACUGAGGAACCGGAAACCAUAUGUGGCUGCAAAGGAAGACGGACUCAUCACCAGAGCGGUCACAAACGGAAACACGACUGCUGAAGCCAUCAAGGUAUCUAGCGCUCAUGUAGGAAAUGGUUUGAAUCCUCUCAGUGGCUUCGCAUCAGUCAGUUUUCCCAGCAUGCCUCAAUCCACCGUUCCCUCCCGAGCACCUAAUUUCUGCCAACCAGCGGCCUCCUCUGUUCCUGAAAUGCUCGACACUUUAGACGACACUGAGCUAAUGGGAGACGACCUGGACAGACUGCUAGACGACUUCCCUGAGGAGAACGGCCUGACUGAGACCCCCCCCCAGGCAGUAUUCCCAGCCCCCUGCAGGACAACCACCUCCGAACAAACCCUUCCCUUUAUCCUGCCUGCCCCGACCCCUCAGCUUCCCCCGGCCUUCUUCAGCUCCUCCAUCAGGGAGCUCAACUCCCUGGACUCCUUCUGCUGUGUCACCGGCACCAGUACUGGCUCACUGGACGCCCUCGAUGACCUCUUGACCUCUGGGAUUAGCGUUGCUCUGGAGCCGCCGCUGACCUUCGCUGGGAAUGAGUCCAUCUCUGAAGUGGAGGUGGGGGAGAAGUCUCUGGACGACCUGCUGGAUGAACUCGAUCCCCUGGACUCGGUUUGUGUCGCAGGAGGUCAGAGUUCCGUGGAGGCGCUGGACUCUCUGGAUGCCUUGGAUUCGUUUCCCUCAGUGGAAGGUUUACCAACGCCUUUGCCAGCUGUCUCCAUCGGGGGGGCAGGCCUGGACACGCUCUCGGAUUUCAGCUCCACCGGUGUCUCAGGCUCUCAUGCUGUUGCAGCUCCAGUCACACGACCUCCAAAGAAUAACUCCAAAGCAACAAAGGAGAAGAAUAACCCCCCACGGGUCGCGGUCACUCACCCGUUAUCCUCCACUCACGAGUUCCUGCAGGCCUGCACCGCCUGUUUCCCUCGGAAAGGUGCGAGCAUUUAUUCAUUUGUUCACAAGCCGGACCUGGUCCACAGCUGUAAAGGAAACAUCUUGCUGUGUCGACGGAAAACAGACCCUCCUUCAGAGUGGACCAGAGUCAGAACGGUUCCCAACUGCUCCUUCAAGGGGCCGUUUGUGCUCUGCAGAGAGCUGAUCAACUCCGGUGAUUUUGGCGUGUGUAAAUACAGAGAGGAAUGCACGUUUGCUUACAACCAGCUGGAGAUCGACGUCUGGACGGAAGAGAGGAAGGGAACGCUGGACCGACAUAUGCUGUUUGAAACGGAAAGUUUAAAACUGGACCCCGUGAACAGCAUCCUCCACCUUCUGCAGGAGAACAGGGGCGUGUUCAUGUUCCUGUGUCAGGAAUGCUAUGACGGUAAACCUAGGAUCAUCAGUAAUCGCUGCAGAGACAAUCGCACCUCCUGCUCGAACCUGGAUGCCCACCACACCUUCGAUGCCAAUAAAUGCUUGGUGUUUGUGAUGAGGACCCACACUGUGAACUACAGAAAGGUCCGGCCCCUGAACAUCGUGUGCUCUUUGGAUUUAUGCCGCCAUGCCAUCCGCUACGGCUGCCAGCGAGAGGACAGCUGCUCCUUCGCCCACUCGGUCAUAGAGCUCAAAACCUGGAGGGUGCAGCAAGAUACAGGUAUCAGCCCUGAAGAGAUAGUGAAAAUAUCCACAAAAUAUGCUGAGAAGCAGGAGCAAAUCUCAAGACAACAGAAUGGAAAUAAGUUGUUGUCUGGAGGCGUUGGGGGUAAACCUAAAGGAGGGAGGACUCUUAACAUGAAUAUGAAGUUUGUCUGCGCUCGCUGCUGGGGGGACCGCCGCAUCGGGGAACCAGACAAAGCCCUGAAGUACUGCAAAGCAAAAGCCAGGCAUCCGUGGACAAGAGAGAGAAGCGUCCUGCUGGUGAAGUCUUUGGAGAGAAGUAAAUGGGUCGAGGUCCGACCGCUGCCACAUGCCAAGAACUUCCCCAUGUAUUAUGAUAUAUGUACCCAGAUUUUGGAGAAAAAGAAAUGUAACUUCACCGGGAAAUGCACCUUUGCUCACAGCCCGGAGGAGAAGGACAUGUGGAUGUACAUGAAGAACAACGACCUGCACGACAUGCAGCAGAUGUACGACAUGUGGCUGUCAUUAACCGCCAACAACCACCAAGCAAACGGAGCGGCGCUCACUCAGCCCUCACCUGAGGAGAAAUACAUCGUCAUGCCCACUGACUACGCUGAGCCAAUGACUGGCUUGUACUGCCGCCUGUGUGGCCGGCACAGUAACGGCGAGCGGCAGUGGCAGCAGCACAUCUCGUCUGAGAAGCACAAAGACCGAGUGUUCAGCUGCGAGGGAGAAGAGGAGGCUCUGACCUGGAGCUACCGCUUCCCUGGACCCUGCUUUGACCUCUGCCCCAAGUUGGAUGGUGGCUGCCUUGAAGGCGUGAGCUGCGAUUACGCCCACAGCAUGAAGGAGCUGCAGGAGUGGACCGAGAGGCGGGACUUCCUGCGGCAGAAGCUAGCCAAAGCCAGAGAAGACAUGCUAAUCAUGCCCGACGAGAUUGACUUUGGGAAGUUUAACUUUCUACUUAAGGACUGAGUAGAUUUAUUUGACGUUAUGAGCCUUAACUGCCAAACUAACAUUUCUUUUUAUUCAACAUGACCAAAUCAAACUAGCAGUGUUAAAAAUGUUACUGCCAAAAGAUAAUUUCAAACAUGCCAUAAAGCCCUUACUUUAAAAAUGGUAGAUAUUUUAUGUUUUAGAUGUUUGUACUUCCUGUUUUAAGAGCCACUUUUGUUCGUGUCUGUCCAGCCAAAGAUGUUUUAAGUGAUGUGAAGUAAGGCUCAUGUUGGCGCCACUGUUAAAAAAACAAACACACACCAGAAUAUUCAAAGAGGAUCAUAUUGUCCCAGACACAAGCCUUUUUUCGUUGCUCAGACUAAUAUGUAAUUCACACAAACAUGUGUUGAGUUGUUUAGCUAUUUUACCUUAUGUUGUCCCUGUUUCAAAAGGGAGUUUUAUUAUUAUUGUCAGUGCGUUCAGAACACAGUUCACUGAGUUCAUUGUUUCUCAGUCUCAAUAAAAACCAUGUAACAAAACCAA